UCCUCGUCCCGUCCCUUCCCUCCCUUGCCGCCCGGUCCCGUCCCGUCCCGUCCCGUCCCCGACCCGGCCGCCGCCAUGGAGGACGCGCUGCGGGAGGCGCUGGGCACGACGGUGCUGCGGCCGACCGGGCACACGGCGGCCGGCUGCAUCAGCCAGGGCCGGAGCUACGACACGGACCACGGCCGGGUGUUCGUGAAGUGCAACUCUCAGCUGGAGGCCAGAAGAAUGUUUGAGGGAGAAAUGGCAAGUCUGGAAGCCAUCCUGAAGACAGGGACGAUAAAAGUGCCUAAACCCAUCAAAGUCAUAGACCUGCCUGACUGCAGUACUGCGUUUGUGAUGCAACAUUUGGAAAUGAAGGAUGUGAGCAGACACUCAUCACAGCUUGGAACUCAGCUGGCUGAUCUUCACCUUUAUAACCAGAAACUUGGAGAGAAACUGAAGAAAGAAAGGCGCAUAGUUGGUAAAGGUCAAGGGCAAACGGAAAUCCAGUUUGUGGAUCAGUUUGGCUUUCAUACAGUUACCUGCUGUGGCUAUCUUCCACAGGUGAACGACUGGCACAGUGACUGGGUGAGUUUCUUUGCUAGACAGAGGAUCCAGCCCCAGAUGGACAUGAUUGAAAAGGAAUCAGGUGACAGAGAAGCAAGAGAACUUUGGGCACAGCUUCAGCUGAAGAUACCCAGUUUUUUCUGUCAUAUGAAUAUUGUUCCUGCUCUCCUGCAUGGGGAUCUCUGGGGCGGAAAUGUAGCUGAGGAUGAUUCUGGUCCAAUUAUUUUCGAUCCGGCUUCUUUCUACGGCCAUUCAGAGUACGAGCUCGCAAUAGCUGGGAUGUUUAGUGGCUUCACUGGUUCUUUUUAUUCUGCUUAUCACAGUAAAAUCCCCAGAGCUGCAGGGUUUGAGAAACGCCUGAAGCUUUAUCAGCUGUUCCACUAUAUGAACCACUGGAACCAUUUUGGAUCAGGGUACAGAAGGUCUUCUUUAAACAUUAUGAGAAGCCUUGUACAGUAAGUUACUGCUUAAGCCAAUACUUCCUGUCUUGUUUGGGGAACCUCAUACUUGGUGGUGCAGCUGAAGGAGUAGUAAUGUUAAAAACAACCUGUGAGACCCUUGACCUUGUUAAAGACCUAGAACCAGUGUCUCCUGCUGAAUACCAAGUGUAAAAUAGUGAUCUCUUUCUGGGAUAGUUGGGGAUAACUCUAUGAGGGAAAAAACUAAGCAAGGACUGAAUUUGCACAAUGCAUAAAGGUCUCAGUGUCCAAAAAGCAUGUGAGACUGUGCAGGGUAACACAAAUAAACACUAAGGAGAUGCCUGAAAGAAGUUGCUUGCUGCAUUUUGGUGUGUCUUCCUCUUUCAGCUCGUCAUGUCCAGUUGUGUGCGUGAGAGCAACAGAGCUUGAAAGUACAGGAAAAUUAUGUAGCAAUUUUAGGAAUUAUGUUUAGGAACCGUGAGAAGGGAUUUGGAGCUGCAAUUAAUUUUCACAGAAUCAGAGUGGGUGAGGUUGGUGUGGGGAUCAGAGAAUGUAUUCUAGUCCAACCUCCCUGCCUAAGCAGAUUACUUAGUAUUGGCUCCAGAGGCUUUUAAAGACCUCCACGGUUUUGCUGAUUGAUUCCAUUGGAUGCAGACUUCUGGUGCCUCCUGGAGUGCUUGUAGGCUGUUCUAAUGAAAUAAAACCUGCACUUGCUUCACAUGUUUGACUAAAGCCAGUCAAAAUCUACCUAAUCAUGCAAUUACAUAAAUAGCUGGCACCUUAUUUUUUCCACACCACCAAAGAAAACUAUAAAAAUAUAACUUUAAAGGGGACUGAGGUCAGGGGAGACUCCUGAGAUGGCUCACAGGCUGUAACCCUCUGCUUCUCCACGAGAGUGCCUAUCAGCUAAUUUUAUUCCAAGGGGGUACUACUGCUUGUGCUUUCUGAUACCAGUGUGUUCAUCAACAAUAGUUUAUUACCCUUACUUUGGCACAAGGAUCAGUAAACCACAGCAUUUUAUGUCACUGGGACAACAGAUGUGUCCCAGUGUCAAGGCUGCACCAUUUGUACACCUUUGCUCAUGAGAGUUCCAGUGCAGACCUAGAGAGUUGCACUGUUCAUUCUAAAAUAUUCUGUGCAAAGUCUCCCAGGGCCUCAGACAUGCCAGAAAGGAAAAGAUGUAGAAACCCCUGGGCUCAGUACUUCUCUAGAUAACCUGGAAAACAAGGGGUCUUCCUUUCCUAAACUCUCACGUGACAGUCCCCACUAAGUGCAUGCUGUGGCAACAUGGACUUUGAGUGUUGGGGAAUGACUUGUAUUAACUAAAACUGCUUUGUACUGGAUAUUGGCAGAUUACUGAGGGUUUUCUACUUGUUAGUUUGGCAGUUACUUACACAAAUUUGAAACAUGUUUGGUAUUUGUUACUACCUCUACUACUUUUCUCACUGGCUGUUUGACUUCUGCUGCAAAAUGUCUGCUUGGUAAAGUAGGUUUUACUUUCACCUUGUUAGCUGAAUAAAAGGUUUCUCAGUUGA